AUGAAAUAUUUUGUAGCAUUGCGAGAUUCUAAGGAUGAACCAUUAGUUCUAAUAUCGAAUUUUGAAGAUGACUCUUUAGUCACUAUAAGUGUUAUGAGUUCAGAAAGCAAGUUUGUUUUACAAGACAAAAACCAAGAAUUCCGCAAACUACAAUCCAACCGGCCUGUAGAGUCUUUAACUCCUCCUAUAAUUGAGAAAUUGCUUUCCGGAGUAUCAAAUCCCAAAUUUAAACUGCAGCCCGUAUUGCUAGAGGAUCUUUGCCGAAUUUACAUUCUAAUCGUCGAUCCUUUUCCUUUGCGGAUUGCUUGGUUCGAAUUGGCCAAGCAAGCGCUGGAUCCAAAAACACUGUUUUCCUCAUUCUGGGAAUGCAGCAGUGUUAUCCAAGAUGUUGCCUUAGCCAGACUAGCUCAUCAAGAGGAAGAAAUGAUACAGGUCGUGCAACACGCUCGCGACUUAGAAGCGGAAUUCCUUAUGAGAGAACGACUUUUAUUGCUGAAGUUUCAGGAAUUAAUUCGGGACGCCAAGAAGAAAGAAAGUGGAGAUCAAAGUGGUUCUUCCAUAGAAGAGGAGUACAAUGAAGACUUGAAGCCUUCCUCUGUAAGUUUUAUACCUACUGUUAAAGAGGAAUCUCCAUCAAUACACUCUCCUUCUCCCACAAAUAGUUUAGGAAGCCAACGCACCGCAUCUGAGGAGUAUGAGACCCAUGAAACAGAGAAAACAUCAGGAGAAAGCAGCGAAACCGAGUCAGAGUAA